AUGAUCAAACAAUCGCUCAUUGCUCUUGCUGCUACUAUCUUUGCUGUCAUCUUGAUGAUGAAUGUUGUCAAGGCUGAACAAAUGGCCGCUCAAGAAAGUGCUGCUUCUGCACCAAAUUUUGCUGAAAUUUGUAGUUUGCCAAAUAAUAAUUGGGCUCCAAUAAUGGGUGUUCCUUGUAAUCCAAAUAAUUUUACCUUGUUAGUUUCACCAACUACAAGAGUACAAAUUACUGGUUCUAAUUUCAUUGCUAAUUGUGGUAUUCAAUAUACUCCUGUUUAUACUUUUGAUAUGAAUGCUGGAUAUGUUGAAACUUCUCAAUUGUGUAAUAUCAAAUCUGUUUUCAGAGGAGGUGAUAGAGUUUCAGUUUGUAAGACUUCAAAUUCUUUGGCCAUGUAUCCAACUCCAAUUCUUUCUGGAAAGGCUUCUUAUAAUUUUGUUCCAGGUCAAUAUGGUUUGGUUUUAUCUGAUCCAGUUUUCACUGGACAACGUAUUUAUGUUUCAAAGGUUUUAGUUGGAUCUGCAAUUGGUUGGGUUCAAUCUGAUUACAUUUGUUUGGCUUAAUUUUAUUUAAUAUUAAAAAUAA